CUCCUCUACACGACACAAAGUUAUUCAACAGUACAGGCUCCCAGCAUUUUUACUGUCCCCCGGCUCUGCAAACUAUGAAAUUAUAGUUCCGUGUAUUCACAGGCUUGGAAAAGAACUCAGUUAUUUAUAUAAUAAUAAUAAUAAUAAUAAUAAUAAUAAUAAUAAUAAUUCUGAAUACGUGUUUGAAAUGAUCGCAUUGCAAUUGCAGAUCAGUGACCGUAGUAAUGCAUUUAAAUGACAAAUGAGAGAUUAUAUUAUUAUUUUGAAAAUGCAGGAGUGCCACUCUAAAAUAAAUCAAUGCACACGUCUAUCACUGUUGAAAACCGUACCUCGUGACCAAAAAAAAAAGAAGAAGAAGAAGCGCGGUACCCCAGCCGUUAUUUUGGGGGUCAUCAUAACGUGCUAAUGUUAUCCUUCAUUGAAACAAAUAACCCCCGACCACGUGUAACGGGUGCGCGCACCGAAGAAAGGCUCGGCGGAGCGCGAGGCAGCAUGGGAAAACGAGAACGUUGUUUAAGUUUUUAAAACAAUGAGAACAGGAUGAUCAUGGGUCCACAUGGAAUAAACAGAGCUGUCCAGCGCUUGGUGUUCUCUCGUUGUCAGCACGGUCUGGGUGUAAAGAUCAUUGGAGGAUACCGAGAGCACACCGGUGAAGAUUAUGGCAUUUAUAUCAAGAGGGUUCUUCCUGGGGGGGUUGCUGACAGGGACGGGAGACUACGACCUGGCGAUCUUGUUUUGGACGUUAAUGAUGAGAGUUUGGGAGGUGUGACCAAUGAGAGGGCGGUUGAUAUCCUACGGACAGCCUCUGCAUCCAACCACGUAUCCCUCUUGAUCGCUCGGGAUGAGGAGUCGAAGAGAGUAUUUCGUGAGCUGUUGGAGAAGUACGGUUCUCAUAGUAAUGCAGGGUCUGAACGAAACUCCCCUACUCAGCUACCAGCUGGGAAGAUGACAGAAAGCACAUCAUCCACUUCUUCUUCCUCGAGGUCUCAAAGCCCCCAGCUGCUGAGCCCGAAGGAUAUUGUUCCCAGCUACAGUAGCAGCUAUGGAGUUGCGUCAGUAGCCAAUGACAAUGCAAUUCAGUUGAUAUGCAUUGCCAAGGAAACAGGUCUAGGCUUGCACGUUGUGGGAGGAGCUGAUCGACCAGAGGGACCAAUGGUGUACGUUCAGGAAACUGUAGCAGGAGGAGAAUGCCAGAAGGAUGGUCGGCUUAGGCCUGGGGAUCAGAUUGUAUCUGUAAAUAAGGAGUCCUUCAUUGGCAUUACAUAUGAAGAGGCAAACAGUAUAUUAACCCAGACGAAACUCAGACCAGAUCCGACGGUGGAAAUCGCGUUCAUUAGGAGAAGCUCCGGGUGUGGCCUCCAGGCUAAAGGGAAUGGGAAUCUACUGAGACCCACGGGACUGGGUCUCCACUCUCCCCCGGGGAACCUCAUUCCAAAGAUGUCAUCCACCCCCAACACGGGAAGCGAAACCCUGCCUUCAGUGAAACUCAGCCAAAUCCGUGCGGCUCCUAAGAGAAGAGACCAGUCUCCUGUGCUCUCGCCAGACCGCACUCUCCCAGAGGAACCCGGCUCUGCCGUCUCUCCCAGUCCCAUGGAAGGCUACACACCCAAAGGAAGAAAGAUUUCCCUCAAUUCCACGAUUCGAUUGAAGCUGGACAGACUGCAGCAGGCGCUGGGAUACCUUGGGAUAAGACCUACAGAGGAGCAGGAGCGGGCACUGAGGGAGCAGCUCCAGAUCGAUUCCAAAGGGACAGUGGCCUAUGGAGAAUUUGUGCAAGUCGUCCGAGACCUUUUCCGGUUGCAGUUGGAUGACACUGGGAUUGGCCAGGGAAUGAUGAGAUUCGCAGUGACUGAUCUUACGAACCUUCUAGAGCCGACACACCAACCACAGCUCACUGCUUCUGAUUCCGAGGAACUGGAUGAGAUGGAGAGACUCAAAAGGGAUCGGUUUGAGGCUUUAAGAGAAGCAAGGAGACUACAGGGUCAGCUUGCUGAAUCUGAAGGCCUUUGUGCACAAUUGCAAGAGGAGCUUAAAAAAGUAAAACAAGAGGCGAAGGCUGCAGUGGAGGAAACCAGGGCUUUGCGGAGCCGGAUCCAUCUGGCAGAGGCUACACAGAAGCAGGCCCGGGGCAUGGAAAUGGACUACGAGGAGGUCAUUCGCCUCCUGGAGGCUGAGAUAGCCGAACUGAAGGCUCCACGCACUGAUCAACCCAGCAUGACCAAAGACGGGGUGCAAGAUCUGAAAAAGAGGGUUGCUGUGCUGGAAUGUCAGCUCCGCAAAUCAGAGGGCGCCAAGAAAGGAUUCGAGGUGUCCACAGAGAAGCUGCUGCAGUUUGUGGAGGUUGUGCAUGAUGUUCUUGCCGAGAACCCAAGUUUUAGUUCUCCAGGGGAUCGGAAGCUUGGCUUGACUUCCUCUUCUCAAGCGAUCGCGAGCAGGAUUGGAAGGAAGGGACCACGAACCGCCGCAGCCCUCGCUCAAGAAGCCAAAGAUCUUAGCAGAUCUGUUCGAUCCAUUCUUGAAGUAGAUUGUCUGCCGUACGGCUGGGAGGAAGCGUACACAGCAGACGGGAUCAAGUACUAUAUUAACCAUGUGACGCAGACGACCUCAUGGGUCCACCCUGUGACCAGUGCACUCGGUCUGUCUCGCUCGGAGAGAGACGGAGAGGACGUCACCAGAGACCUCCAGGAGCACCGAAGUUAACCCAAAAACCACGGAGCAAGAAUCCGUACCCCUCUGCCUGUCCCGUUCCCAUUGUGCUUCACUGGCCCUUGCUUACCUCCAGUACUCCCACACACACUGUUCACAAACUGCAAGCGUUAUGCCUGGUUUAGACAGUGCACAGUGCAGUACCAUAUACAGUGUGUAUGAUCGUUUUCAUAGAGAGAAAAUAGUCAAUGUAAGUUGUCAAGGUAAUCCAGUGUGUUUUCACAGACCACUGUCAGCACUAGUCAGGGGCUGCUUACCUUAGGAAGACCAUGAUUAGUGUUAAUCAGGGGUCUGGGAGGCUAGCUGUAAAAUCUUAGCUUUUUAAUAUUUGUUUUGACUUUUUAUUUUUAUUUUUUUUAGCCAGCACCAUGAAGUAUUUGUUUAUUGAACACUAAUCCAGGUUUUAAAGAUCCUAACAUAAAGUACAGUCUUUUAAGGAAAGGUGUUCUGAACCAAAGUGGACCCCCUUCUUUGUUGCCUCUUUCAGUUGACUGUCAGGUUGUAACACUCUGGAUCUUUUAAUGGGCCACUAAGCUGUGAUGCCCUUGACCAUCAGGACUCUGUUUCUUUUUGUUUUAAUUAUGUGUUGUUGCAAUUCCACCUCCUCAGUUAAGGUCAGUGUAGACGCCACUCAUGUUCAGUGUUUGACAUUAACACAGGGGUUUGCGACCUUUGGUCUUGCGGUCCAUUCAGUUUCAACUUUAAUUACUCAAUUGCUCUCCAGCAGCAUCAUGGUCAGUUGUAUAAUUAAGGAACUGGUUGACACAAAAGUCCUAUAAUGGAAUGAAAGAGCCAAAGUUCCCUAACCCCUGCUUAAACACAAGCCAUGUCAAUAUAAUAAAGCCUGUAUAUAUUGUAUAAUUAGUUGUACAGUACGCUUUCAAAACUAAGCGAGAGUUGGUGUCGGUUUUCAAGCAAGAAAGAAUCUGUGCCAAGUAGCCGAAAGUGUUUUGAUUUUUUUCACCUGUGACCUAACUGAGCUGCUGCACACGGUUCAGGUCCGGUUCCUUGUUCCAGUGACAAGUAAGCAUGUUGCAAUUUUGUUUAUUUUAAAUUAGGACAGAAGGAAGGGGUCAGACAUAAACACUGUGCAAAUGAUGUCAAGUUUCCUAAUCUCAGUGGAAAUUAAAAUAAAACGCAACAAAGUAGACAGGAAGGAAGAACAAACCCAUCGCUGGAUCCGGCGAUUUCCAAAGGGUUGCUGAACUUAAUCAAAAAGAAAACAUAGCAGUCGUCUUAUUGUGAAUUAGGAUAACCCAAACUGCAUCUUUGAACCUGAAUCUGCACACAAUGGACCCUGAUUGUUUCUAAAGUCCUAAUAGGAAAUCAUAUGUUUACGUGAACAUCGGCCACAUUAGAGCUUUUUGAUUUCCACAUCCUACAAGUAAACACUGCCUUGCAUUCAUCAAAGAGCUAGUUUGAGUCAGACCUCGACCGCCCUGUUUUAAAGCCCGGGCAAAGCCAUUCAAACAGGAGUUUUAACAGUAUGAUGGACUCUCGCUAAUCUAAACUUGCUAGUACCAGCUGUGCUGUCACUGGAACCAUGCUAUUAUAAUGAAUGUCAUGCGGAUCACUGCUGUAGUAAAUGCACUGUGACGAGUGUGUAAAACAUAUCCCAUUGUUUCUGUAUGUGCUAUUCAUGGGGUUAUUCCACAUUUCUGAUGUUAGACAUGUUAGUGUGGUGCAGAUUCUGAUCAGUGAGAGGCUUCUGUGUAAAUCAAGCAGCCUGCUGUUUGCUAGUUUUAAUCUGGUUGCAGUUAUUUUGUCUUUUGAAUGUAAUUCAAAAAUAUUACCCUGCUUGAUAUGAAAAAGCAUUGAACGUUUUCUCAUUGGGAUCAUACUGAAAUGAUAUGAAGCCAAUAUCAACCCAAACACAUUCCACACCAUGCUUAUUAUAAACAGUAUUUUACGUGUCGCAGAAUGCAAAUGCAUUUUCUUUUACUAUUCAUUUCAGUGAUAUUUAGUGAUCGGGUGUUUUAAAGAGUUUUGCCUGCAUUAUUACAUUAUGCCUACAAAAAUACAUUUUGAAAUGGACAUUUUAAACACAUUACAUAAGCAAUCCCUGGUGAACGCAGUAAAGGAUGGUCAAUACCGAGUGACGGCUCAAACAGAAACCAUGCACAUGUACAUAAAUACGUACAUACAAACAUUUUACUUGGGCAGUAUAUCCUGUGGCUUAACAUGAGGAGGUUGACUGGUAUGAAUGUUGAAACUUUUCAUGUGCAAUUUCUGUAUGUUUUUCUUGUCAUUUUAUUUCUGUUACGCCACACACUGUAUUUCAUUUUUUAAAUGUGUUUAGUGAUAUGCUUUUAAAACAUCUUGUUUUUAUUGCACAGCGGAUGGUAUGGUGUGGUUAAUUAAUGUAUACCUUAUGGCUGUCAACAGGCCUAAUAAACCACGUAUCCAAUAUUGGUUUGCUUGUGACUGGCUUGAACCUAUUGCUGCUUUUCACUGUCAAAUACAAGUCUACAAUACAUUGCGCAUCUUUUAUAUAGGAAAAUAGUGAUGGUAAUACAUAUUAUUUUGUCCUCUUAACAGUUAUAUUAAUGUUUUGCCAAGUUAGUACAGUUAUUAUCUGAAGCAAAUUGUUCUGGACUAGAUUCCUACAGCUAGUCCUCUUAACUAUCAUUAGCACGAUUUGUACAGCUUGUAAAAGCCACUUCAAUGAAGUUACCAAACAAGUAAUAAAAAAUGGAGGUAUUUCACUUCGGGGCUUGUGAGUAGUCUGAAACAGUUUCUUUAUUCAUUAAGAAUUAUGACUGGAGUUUUUUUCCUGUUUGCACGAAUCACAGUUUGGAGUAAAUAGCUUUGAGAAUUGA